CGCACGCGUGCGUGCGUUUCCGGAUUCGCGCGCGAGCUAAUCUCCGUCGGCUUCCGCGCUUUCCGCCGUCGGCGCGCGACGCGUAUCAUAUACGUGCUGCGGGUACGGAGCCGCAGGUAGGAUCGUUCGUGGUCGGUGAGCCCUUUCUCGGCCGAGUCCAUCUGUCCUGUCCUCCGUCUUUGCCCGUCUCCCUCUUUCUCUCUUCCUCUCCCGUCCGCGACGAAUCGUCUUCGCGCACACACGAGGUUUCUCGUUUCGCGCGGUCGCGAGAGUGAAACGACCGCGACCGAUCGUUGGCUCAUGAGACUCUGAGACACGUCGGAUGAGGAUCGCAGUAACCUCAGCCGCCCCGCGUGAGAUUCUGCCAUCUGCUGAAAUCGCUGCCAAUUCCGCACGGCCGUUAUCUAUUUUCGGAGGAUCGUGUCCAGCCAGUCCGACGAAUCUCGACGGAGGACUCCGGCCAGUUCGGAGCCCGUGUGCAGUAGAGAGGCCUGCCGGUGGAAACGUUUAUAUUGUUGUAAGAGAGUUCCUCGUUUGCUCUCGGAUAAAAAGUUUGAACUGGUAGUGGAACGUGUUGAGUCGUGAAAGUGAGACCGAGGGAAAUCUCGAUUCCUGCUGCAACGAUGUCUGGAAGCAAUGAUAGCUUUAACAAUAAUACCUGCGUGGUGUGCUACAAGAAUGUCGACAUCUACAGUAUCGGCAUGUGUGAACAUCCCGUAUGUUAUGAAUGCAGCACCCGGAUGAGGGUACUCUGCCGUCAGAACGAAUGUCCCAUCUGCCGCCAGGAUCUGCCAAAAGUUGUGUUCACGCGAGAAAUCAAGCCUUUCCACAGCUUGACCAAAACCAACCUGCUGGACACCCGUUACGACAUCUAUUUCAGUAGCCUUGAUAUUCAGGAAAAGUUCACCGAAUUGUUAGCCAACACCUGCUCGAUAUGUAAAGAGAAGAUGGUAUUUAGCAGUUUCAAUAGUUUAAAAGAGCAUAUGCGACAACGACAUGAGCUGCAUUAUUGUGACCUAUGUGUAGAGAAUUUAAAGAUAUUUUCGCAUGAAAGACGUUGUUACACGAGAUCGAGUCUAGCCACGCAUCGGAGAAAAGGUGACGUCGAUGAUAAGAGCCAUAAGGGUCAUCCACUCUGUGAGUUUUGCGAUCAGCGAUAUAUGGACAAUGAUGAGCUCUAUCGACAUUUGAGACGCGACCACUUAUACUGUCAUUUUUGCGACGCGGACGGUCUUCAUCAGUAUUAUAGCUCCUAUGAUUAUCUCAGAGAGCAUUUUCGACGGGAACACUAUCUCUGCGAAGAGGGGGUGUGUGCGGAGGAAAAAUUUACGAGUGUUUUUCGAACUGAUAUAGAUCUCAAGGCGCACAAAGCCAGCGUUCAUGGCAAGCAGUUGAGUAAGCAGGCCGCCAAGCAGGCGAGAACGUUAGAACUGGAGUUUACCCUGACGCCACGCGGAGAGAAUCGGAUGAACAGAAAGGGUAUGCCGGGACCGUCCACGUCGAGGAGCACGAGGGAACCUUACAGGGACAAUGGCAGAGAUUACGGUUCCAGGGAUUAUCCAGGUUCGAUACCUGGUGGGUCUAGUUCGUUCGCGUCCAACAAUGAGCCUACCUUUACGAGACAACCGUCCGUCGAUGUGCAAAGCACAGACGAAUUUCCCACGUUAGGUGGUAGUGCCGCUCUCGUACCCACCUUGCCUCAGCCCAAAAGUAGAGGGAACGUAACCAUUCGCAGCACCUUACGAAAUCAACCGCUCGCAGUAACGGACGAGAAUUUCCCAGCAUUGGGUCCAGAUUUAGCUGGCCCAAGUAUAUCGAAAACGGUGAAUUUUAGCGUUUCCAGCAGUAGCAAUACCACGGGAUCCGGCGGCCUAGCGGCGCAGUGUCAGAAAGGUUCCUCGUCGUCGAACGUUUCCAUUCAAGUGAAUCACGAACCCAACGGCACCGUCACUACCAGAGUAUCCGGACCCAACAUUAGAAUACGUCCCGCGUUGUCGAUAGAUUCCGAUUUUCCUGCCUUGGGUAGCUCCGAACCGUCUACCAGUACUGCCAAUUCGACUCAGUGGAAGGAAGUUUUGCAAUGGACCUGCUCAAAAUCAGCGCCGGCGAACACGUCCAAGUCUAAAAAAGUCGCGCCACCGCCCUCGAUAUCAUCGGCGCCACCCAUUCGAUCUGGCGAGGACUUUCCAAGUCUGUCCAAGUCAUCCAAGUCGAAGAAGCAAUCGGUAAUCACAGUGGUACCAUCGUGGGGACAAAACUCGCAGAAUACUAACAAUGCCCAAAGUUCCGGUACUAGCAACAACAUAAAAACAACGACAGAUCAGACGAAGAGUAAGACGAAGAAGAAAAAAGCGAAACAAGCUUCGAGUGGUAAUAGUUCAAGUGGUAAUGAAUCUAGCAGCUCCAAAUCCAAUAUAAAUACUGUUGUAGCGAAGGACAUCGAAUUGGCGCAUACUAAUAAUUCGAAUAACUCUUGCAUUGCUUCCAAGGAGAAUUCGCAAUUUACGUAUAAUACCAUCGAUGCGAUUGGCGAUAAUAGCACGUUUAAGAAUUCGAGCGUACAGAAUUCUAAGGAAUCGGAACACACGAGCAAAAAGGAUAAACGAAAAAACAAGAACAACGCGAACGGAAGUUCGGGAAUCGCGACUGUUAUAAAUACGGAAUCCGUAAGUGGAAGCAAUGGUUCUUCAAAUGGAGAAAAACAGAGAAUGCGCAGCGAGUUGAAGAUAGACAGUCUAAACACAACCAACAAUAAUAUCCAUCGGACAGAAGACUUUCCUGCUUUAGGUAGCACCAGCAGUAGACCGCCAGGCUUCACGAAUCCGCCACCCGGUUUUGCUUCGCCGACUUUACCACCGCCCGGUUUUUCCAUCAAGUACAAUAGCCUCGAUGGACUGCACGGUGGUAACGGCUUGACAUUCACAAACAGUUCCGGCGAGAGUUACUCCAUUUUACCGGACAAUAGCAGCAAGCAUGCGACUCAUGCCUACGUGUCACCACCCGAUUUUCAAAAACGAAACACAUGUCUGGUAGCAAAGCUCAACGCGGUCCUCGUGGACCAGGAUAAGAUUGAGGAAUUCCGUUAUGUGAGCGGCCUCUUUCGCGGUGGUACCUGCGACGCCCAGGAGUAUUACACGCACUGUUGCGAAGUAAUGGGCGCCAACGCCUUUGAGACAGUGUUCCCCGAGCUUCUGGUACUGUUGCCGGAUAUCGCGAAGCAACAGGAGCUGUUUAAAGUGCACAGGAGGGAAGCGGGUGGAAAAGCAAAGGGACUAGAGAUAUGCGCUACAUGCGGUCAGGUUCUUAAGAACGGCUUGGAUUUUAAAACGCAUAUGUCCAGUCAUACACUUGAGAACCACUUCCCGGCGCUGGGUAAGAGUAAUGCGCCGCCACCGAAGAACACGUGGGUACGUAAAUGAGUCAAUUAUGUUCCCCCUCAUCGAUCAUCGUCGUGUUCGUGCUACUGGAAUAAGGACAAGCCAACUACCCGCUUGUCCAGCUGCUGAAAAUGGUUGUAAAUAUAACGCUCUUGUUUUUAUAUCAUCAUACCAAGAUUAAACUCUAUUACGUGGCGUUAUUCGUAAAACGAACGUAAUAUGUAAUAUUUAUUCCAAGAGUCAAUCGAUCCUUAGUGUUAAAGAUGAAAAUGUGCAUAGAACUAGCGUUGACUAUUCGCAAUAGACUUAAUAAUUGUUGAGUGAAUUGCGAAGUAAUAUUGAUCGAAAUUAUAAAAAAAAGAUAUAUAUAUAUAUAUAUAUAUAUAUAUAUAUAUAUAUAUAUAGUAUAUCUUUGAGCUUUUACAGAGAUGGUUGUAUUAAUGAUGUAACGCUUCGAGACGCGCCACCAGCGUGACAAAGAAGAGAUCAAAUAUUUUUUUGUAUAAUAAACUAUAAAAAGUAUAUAAGAUAUUGAAUGCAAAAAGAGUCUGUUAUAAGUUAUAAAAGAACGUAUGCGUUAUAUUAUAUACAGUAACGUCGAGCACUAGCGUUUCAACGAUUACCUACUUUUACUGCUAUAUUUUAAGACCGUGUACCAUGUACAUAAAAGUCGUAAAUAGAAGCGUUCCUUCGUAUAAUUUAUUUGCUACACUUCUCUGAAUAGAGAUGGAAUAGAUUGCUGUGCUAUAUACGAAAAAGAAUAACACCAUACUUUAACAAAAUCGUUUGAUACGUUAUACAUUAUACAGUACUCGUAGCACCGUACUGUUUUGUACCAUAACAGAGUUGUACAUUUAGUUAACACGACAAUACAUGAUUUUGAUGAGCGAGCAAA